AUGCUGGAAACUCGUGAAAAAUUUCUCAUUGGCACUUGUUGCAGAAAAUUUACUUUCCAGAUGGUGGCGUGUAAACUUGGACGAUUUUAUGUAAAUGAAAAGCAGAUGUUGGAUGUGAACUAUGUGCUGAGGAAUGGCGACUCUAUCCAUCAUUGGGGUCAUCGUCAUGAACAUCCUAGUUGUUUUUUUUAUUCUGCACUCUUUGCUCAUUAUUACGUUUGUGUUGACUUCAUAGUGUUGCAUCGGUUGGACCGGGCCACUUCUGGUGUGCUGAUGUUUGCAAAGAAUUAUGAGACUGACAGUGAGUUCAAGAAGACGUUGAAGGAGGGCGACUGGUCAAAGGAGUACGUCUGCAUGGUGGAGGGCGAAUUUCCU